AAGCUGUAAGCUUUGGCUGGGAGUGGCGUGGCGCACUCUGCUCCUACAGACCGAAAACCACCUGUAUGGAUGACCAGACCUCCAGCGUGAUCCUUCCGCCCUCGUCAGAGGGACACAGGGGCAGCGACGAGUCUGACAACCGGGGUUAUGCCGUGGACGAGAAGGGCGUCAUGACGGUAGAAAAUAUGCUGGAAGAGUCCACCGUCCUCUCAGCGCCUCACCUGUCGGUGGACCGAUACGAGCGCAGCCGUCAGGGAUGCUGCGAGAGGGUGGUCAUCAACAUUUCGGGUUUACGCUUCGAGACGCAACUGAAAACUUUCAGCCAGUUCCCAGACACGCUGCUCGGGGACCCCAGGAAAAGGAUGCGCUACUUUGACCCACUGAGGAACGAAUACUUCUUCGACAGGAACAGACCAAGCUUUGAUGCCAUCCUCUACUACUACCAAUCAGGAGGGCGCAUACGGAGACCUGUUAACGUCCCCAUUGAUAUUUUCUCAGAGGAGAUCAGGUUUUACCAACUCGGUGAGGAAGCCAUGGAGAAAUUCCGCGAGGAUGAAGGGUUUAUAAAAGAAGAGGAGCGUGUCCUCCCCAAAAAUGAUUUUCAAAAGCAGGUUUGGCUAUUGUUUGAGUAUCCCGAAAGCUCUGGGCCAGCAAGGGGGAUAGCCAUCGUUUCAGUGCUUGUUAUUUUAAUUUCAAUUGUUAUUUUCUGUAUGGAGACUCUGCCGGAAUUUCGGGACGACAGAGACCAAGCCACAGUGGCACCCACAGUUAAUGGCACUGCUCCCUACACGUCAAACCCGUUCACAGAUCCCUUCUUUGUCAUAGAAACGUUGUGCAUUAUAUGGUUCUCUUUUGAGCUGCUGGUCAGGUUUUUUGCCUGCCCCAGCAAAACUACCUUCUCCAAAAACAUAAUGAAUAUCAUUGAUAUCGUCGCCAUAAUCCCCUAUUUUAUCACUCUGGGGACAGAGCUGGCCGAGAGGCAAACCAACGGCGGUCAGCAGGCGAUGUCCCUCGCCAUCCUGAGGGUGAUCAGACUGGUGAGGGUCUUUCGUAUUUUUAAGCUCUCACGACACUCAAAAGGACUUCAGAUUUUGGGACAGACCCUCAAGGCCAGCAUGAGGGAGCUCGGCUUGCUCAUAUUUUUCCUUUUCAUCGGAGUUAUUCUCUUCUCCAGUGCUGUUUACUUUGCAGAAGCAGACGACCCCACUUCCAGUUUCUCCAGUAUCCCAGAUGCCUUUUGGUGGGCAGUUGUCACCAUGACCACAGUUGGUUAUGGUGAUAUGCAUCCGGUCACUAUUGGUGGUAAAAUAGUGGGCUCUCUGUGCGCAAUAGCAGGCGUGCUGACCAUUGCCUUACCCGUGCCAGUGAUUGUGUCCAAUUUCAACUACUUUUACCACAGAGAGACUGAUGGAGAGGAGUACCCACAGUAUCACACUGUAGGUAGCUGUGAGCACCUCCCCUCAGAGGAGCUGAGGAGGUCGUGCAGCUCCUCGUCUCUCAGCAAGUCAGAGUACAUGGUGAUAGAGGAGGGCAUCAACAGUACGUUCAAACAGUCCAACUUCACCACCGAAAACAACCAGAACUGCGUGAACAUCAAAAAGAUCUUCACAGACGUGUAAAUGAACCCCGCAAUGGAUCAUUUAUGAAGCAUGAAGAAAUAGUACCUAUAAUAUUUUUAUAUAGCCAAUCGUAACGUGUCAGUCCAUAUCUGUGGAUGAAAGCUGCAAAUCUCUGUUUUAACAAGGCAUAUUUUGUUUACGCCUAAGCAAAUGGGGAAAAAAUACGAAAAUACUUCAGUGUAAUUGUACCUGUUUUGAGUGUUUCUCCGCGGUCAACAAGUAUUAAUAUGACCAAAAGAUCAGUUGCACUGAGAAACGUUUAUUUCAAUUCAGAAGGAACCAUUUAAAAAGCUUGUUAAAACAGAUAUUUUUUCAGUGUAUAGUGCCACACGAUGCCUACAUAUCUUGAUGUUAUAAUGCAAACGUUGUUGGUGUUCAUGACUGGGAUACACGUGUAGCAUAUAGUCUUCUACUCAAUCUACCCACCAGUCCAAAAACGACGUCUUGUGCUUCGUGGAAAUCAAUAGACUGGUAAUUUAUAUAGCCAAAUGCCUGCUUAGGUUAUAUUUGAUAUCAUAAGCUGUCCACAUGGUGUUCAGAUUAUUAUUCAGGUAAUAAAAACGCAGAGU